AUGUCAAUAGAUAACAACAACAACAACACCACCACCACGACGAAUAAUGAAGACCUAAUAUCAUCAUUAUAUCCACCACCUCCUCCAUAUUAUAAAUUUUUCACUAAAGAAAAUUUACAAAAACUUUCAACCUGGCAAGAAAAUAACAAAGCAUCAUUACCAUCAGAGGUUAAAGUAGAAGAGGUUCCCAAUCAGGAGAAUACUGAUCAUAAUUCCAUCUCUGUAGAAGAAGAUAAUUCUAUACCUCCAGGAGAAUUACGAUUUUUAAUACCCCCAAAACAACCAGAAGGUUUACAAUAUCGAGGAUAUGGUAAUAUUUGGUUAUUUGAAGAUAAAUUACCCAAUUUAAAAGAUUCUCAAUGGGAACAGUUAUACAACAACAACAACAACAACAACAACAACAAUAAUAAUAAUAACACUGCUGCCCCAACCACCACCACCAAUGACACUAAUAUUAAUAUUAAUGGGAAUCAUGAUGCCGAUACUGACGAUUCUACAGGAGAUGAAAAUUUAACAUCAGAAACAAAAAUUAAAGAAUUACAUAAAUUAAUGGAUUCAUUAUUAUUGAAUUUUUUAGAAUUAAUUGGUAUAUUAAGUAUUGAUCCAAUUAAAUAUGAAAAAAAAAUUCAUGAUAUAAAUUUAAUUUUAAUUAAUAUUAAUCAUUUAUUAAAUACUUAUCGACCUCAUCAAAGUCGAGAAAGUUUAAUUAUGUUAUUAAAAAAUCAAAUUGAUUAUAAAUUUUUAGAAAUUGAUCAAAUUAAUAAAAAAUGUCAUGAAAUUAAAUCAAAAAUUAAAAAUUUGAUUAAUGAACGAAUAGUGACGAUAAAUGAUGGUGAUAAGAAUGAUAAGAGAGGAGAAAGUGGUGGUAUUGAUGGCGAUUCAGAUUCAAUUGAUGAAAAAGAACAAUUGAAACAAGAUAUAAUUAAUAGAUUAUUACUGUCAAUAUAG